GGAGCAGGCAGCAGGGUCAGAGGAGACAGCAGCCUCCCCAGGGACAGCAGUGCUCAGAGCUCACUGUUGAGAGGCUGUUACAGCAAUGGAGUCCAGCAACACACGUGGGAAAAGAGUUGCCAUUGUUGGAGGUGGUCUGGUGGGUGCAUUAAAUGCCUGUUUCUUUGCUAGACGAGGUUUCCAUGUUGAUGUUUAUGAAGCCAGAGAAGAUAUUCGGAUGUCCAGCUUUGCCCGUGGCAGAAGCAUUAACUUGGCCCUGUCCCACAGAGGACGCCAGGCCCUCCAGGCUGUGGGAAUGGAAGAGCAGAUUGUGUCCAAAGGCAUCCCCAUGCAUGCACGGAGAAUACACACGCCAUCUGGGAAGAAAUACUCCAUUCCAUAUGGCAAGAAGAACCAGUACAUUCUCUCUGUGGACAGAGCAAACUUAAACAGAGAGCUGUUAACAGCUGCUGAGAAAUACUCCAACACUAGACUGUACUUUGGACACAAGCUCAUGGAGUGCAAUGCAAAGCUGGGGAUGUUAACCAUAAACAGAUCUGACCAGCCGCCCUUGGAAGUCACCUACGAUCUCAUUGUGGGAUGUGAUGGAGCCUUCUCAACUGUCAGAAAGCAGUUCAUGAGGCAAACGCGCUUCAACUACAGUCACGAGUACAUUCCUCACGGCUACAUGGAGCUGACCAUCCCCCCGAGGGAUGGAGACUUUGCCAUGGAACCAAACUACCUCCACAUCUGGCCGAGAAACACCUUCAUGAUGAUUGCACUGCCCAACAUGGACAAGUCCUUCACCUGCACACUCUUCAUGCCCUUCGAGGAAUUCGAGAAGCUAACGACUGGCAAGCAAGUACUGGAUUUUUUCCAGACCUACUUUCCAGACUCUAUCCCCCUCAUUGGAGAGCGAGAGCUGAAGCACGAUUACUUUUUGCUGCCAGCCCAGGCCAUGAUAUCUGUGAAGUGCUCCUCCUACCACCUUGCUUCCCGGUGUGUGCUGAUGGGAGAUGCUGCUCAUGCUGUUGUGCCCUUCUACGGACAGGGCAUGAAUGCAGGCUUUGAGGAUUGUCUGGUCUUUGAUGAAUUAAUGGACCAGUUCCACAAUGACCUUGGUGCCUGCCUCCCUGAGUUCUCUAGGCUGAGGGUGCCAGAUGACCAUGCAAUCUCAGAUCUAGCCAUGUACAACUACAUAGAGAUGCGAGAGCAUGUCAAUUCAACAUGGUUCAUUUUCCGGAAGCGGGUAGACAACUUCCUCCAUGCCCUCAUGCCUUCUACCAUCAUCCCACUCUACACAAUGGUGACCUUCAGCAGAAUUCGCUACCACAAGGCACUUCAGCACUGGAAAUGGCAGAAAAAGAUAAUUAAUCGAGGGCUCUUCAUCAUGGGGGCAGCAGGACUAGGCGGCACCUACCUGCUCAUAAAAAGACUGGCAUGGAACUCAGACAUCUGCAUACAGAACUUGUGGGGCUGGUGCCAUUACAUCAGGAGUACUGGAAAAUUUCCCUUCAGCACCCAAGUGGCUCAAAUGUAAGGGGCGGUCCCGGAUGUAAUAAAAGCAAAGGCACAGG